CAGUCACGUGAAGAGAGGGCCGGGAAGUGCAGGCCACGCCCAGGAGCCGCGGGAGCGGCUGUUCACGUGAUUUUGCGAGGCGCUGUUGGGGGCCGGGCUGUCGCGCGCAGCCAAGCCGGAGCAGGGGACCCCCCGCCUUGGGCGAGCGGAUUAAGCGAGGCCGAGGCUUCGGGGCCCAGGAAGAGGAGGGAGGGGUAGCGUGCGGAGACCGCCCUCCUAGCUGUCGCUGCCCGCUCAGGACCAGGGGUGUGGGAUGCCGAACACGGCCAUGAAGAAGAAGGUGCUGCUGAUGGGGAAAAGCGGGUCUGGCAAGACCAGCAUGAGAUCAAUCAUUUUUGCAAACUACAUUGCACGAGACACGCGGCGCCUCGGAGCGACAAUUGAUGUGGAACAUUCACAUGUUCGAUUUCUGGGCAACUUGGUCUUGAACUUGUGGGACUGUGGAGGGCAGGACACCUUCAUGGAGAACUACUUCACCAGCCAGCGUGACAACAUCUUCCGCAACGUGGAGGUCCUCAUCUACGUCUUUGAUGUGGAGAGCAGGGAGCUGGAGAAGGACAUGCACUACUACCAGUCAUGCUUGGAGGCGAUUCUCCAGAAUUCAUCCGACGCCAAGAUUUUCUGCCUCGUGCACAAGAUGGACUUGGUGCAGGAGGACCAGCGCGAUCUGAUUUUCAAGGAGAGGGAAGAGGAUUUGAAGCGUCUCUCCCGCCCAUUGGAGUGUGCCUGCUUUAGAACGUCCAUCUGGGAUGAAACCCUUUACAAGGCUUGGUCCAGUAUAGUCUACCAGCUGAUUCCCAAUGUCCAGCAACUGGAGAUGAACCUCAGGAACUUUGCGCAGAUCAUCGAAGCCGAUGAAGUUCUUCUGUUUGAAAGAGCCACUUUCCUGGUCAUUUCCCACUACCAGUGUAAAGAACAGCGCGAUAUCCACAGAUUUGAGAAAAUCAGCAACAUUAUUAAGCAAUUCAAGCUGAGCUGCAGUAAACUGGCCGCAUCGUUCCAGAGCAUGGAGGUCAGGAACUCCAACUUUGCAGCCUUCAUUGACAUCUUUACAUCAAACACUUACGUGAUGGUCGUCAUGUCAGACCCUUCCAUACCUUCGGCAGCAACGCUGAUCAACAUCAGAAAUGCCAGGAAGCACUUUGAGAAGCUGGAGAGGGUGGAUGGGCCCAAACACAGCCUGCUCAUGCGCUGAGCCCUCUCCCCUGCGCACGCCUGCGAGAACGGCUCUGUUUUUCCUAGGAGACUCUCUAACAUUGUGGGUGUCUAUUUUGUGGGCUUUGACAUGAGUGUGCUGCUUUCCACCGCAAUCUUGUUCUUUUUUCUCUUAACGUCGGAUGCUGCUGUGCCAGGCGACGUUGGGAUACACUGUGGACCUUUCGGAACUUCUUCCCAGAGCGUUGGGGAGGGUCUCCUGCGAGGGGGGGCAGCCUCGGCUCUUGGUCUGAGAGUUGCAGACUGCAAAGCCUCUCCUAACCGCCCUCUCUGUUCCAAAUGAUGAUAAACUUACAAAGAUGGGAUAUUUACUAUUUUAUCAACAAGUUGCUUAGAGUACAUUUAUAAACUUCUCCUUGUCUUCAAUCAUGACAAUAAAUUUUGUUACCAGGGA